UGUCCUUCGGAUCCUGCUGGAUGAUGUUGAUGAUUGGUGGCCUAGUCCUUCUAGUUGGUGUUCGAAGGAACUGUUGGUGUCUGGAUCUCUCGUUGAGAGGUUAUCUCGCCUUGGUGGGCGUGAGAUUCUUCUGCUAUUUGGUACCAAUCUACUUGGUUACUCGUGUGGUAAUCUGCUUCUCCUUCUUUUUGUGUGAAGGAGUCGCGAUCCGUAUCCAUAGGUGCGUCAAAUGCGAGGAAAACCAUGAACCGGGAAAAUGCAGCAGUCCGCCACAACAAAUAAACGAAAGGUCCAAACUAUUCUGCGUUAACUGCAGAAAUUAUGGCCAUCCAGCUUCAUAUAAAGGGUGCCCUAAAAUAAGCGAAAUAAGAAAAAGACUAGUAGCAUCACAAGAAGUCAACAGACAAUACACCAAGACAAACACCAUUCAAGCAGAACCAAAACAAGAAUAUAAGCUUGCCACUCACAAUCUUAGCUACGCUAAAGCUACCAAAAACUUACCAAGAACAAUCGAAAUUGAAAACACAAGCCUAGCCAGAACAAGCACAAGCGACACACACAAGAGGAUAUAUAAUCAAAAUUUUGAACCCACAAUAGAAAUCAUGAUGAAGGAAAUAAUAAAUAACCACCUAAAUCUAAAGAAAAUAGUGGAAGCAAACACGAAUAAAAUAAACACAAUAGCAUCAUUACUUGAAAAACUUAUACAAACGCAGGAAUCCCAUGGAUAGACAAAAAGAAAGAAAAAACAAAAU